AUGCAUCAUCGCCUACGUCAUCUUCAAUCGUCUCUCAAAAUCACCGGCCAGGCCGUUUACCAUUCAACAGAUAUUUCAGCAGGAAAUGGUUUGAGGAAAGCUUUAGCUUGGGUUCCCAAUCUUGCAAAAGCAUAUAACACACAGGCAUCUUUGCAAAAGGAUGUCUCGUCAAACGAUAAUAACUGCUUCAAGGGACAUGAUAUGUUGGCCCCGUUUACAGCUGGAUGGCAAACUACAGAUUUGAAUCCUCUUGUAAUUGAGAAGUCCGAGGGCUCCUACGUUUAUGAUGCCAAUGGGAAAAAGUAUCUCGACGCGCUUGCUGGUUUAUGGUGCACUUCUCUAGGUGGUAAUGAGCCCCGGCUUGUUGAGGCCGCAACAAAACAGCUAAAUACAUUGCCGUUUUACCACUCCUUUUGGAACCGUACCACGAAACCCUCUUUGGAUCUUGCUAAGGAACUUACUGAUAUGUUCACUGCAAAUGACAUUGCUAGAGUUUUCUUCACGAAUAGCGGAUCAGAAGCCAAUGAUACACAGGUGAAGUUGGUUUGGUAUUACAAUAAUGCCCGUGGGAAGCCAGACAAGAAGAAGUUCAUUGCUCGUGCAAAAUCAUACCACGGAUCAACACUUAUAUCAGCCAGUCUUUCUGGACUGCCUGCUCUGCACCAGAAAUUCGAUCUGCCGGCUCCAUUUGUACUGCACACCGAUUGUCCUCAUUAUUGGCGUUUUCAUCUCCCGGGUGAAACCGAGGAAGAGUUCUCUACAAGGUUGGCCAAUAACUUGGAAAAUCUCAUCCUUAAAGAGGGCCCCGAGACGAUUGCUGCAUUUAUUGCCGAACCAGUUAUGGGGGCAGGCGGCGUAAUACCUCCACCAUCAACUUAUUUCAAAAAAGUUCAAGCCGUUGUUAAAAAGUACGAUAUCCUCUUCAUUGCUGAUGAGGUAAUAUGUGCGUUUGGAAGGCUCGGGACAAUGUUUGGCUGUGACAAAUAUGGUAUCAAACCUGAUCUUGUGACCAUAGCUAAGGCGCUAUCUUCUGGAUACCUCCCUAUUGGAGCUGUUCUCGUCAGCCAUGAAGUCUAUGAUGUCGUGCAUGAUCAGAGCAACAAACUCGGUGUAUUCUCCCACGGGUUUACUUAUUCCGGACAUCCUGUCUCGUGCGCUGUUGCAUUAGAGGCACUUAGGAUUUACAAGGAGAGAAAUAUUCUUGAUCAAGUAAAUAAAAUAGCCCAAAAGUUUCAAGAGGGUCUCAAGGCAUUUUCAAACAGUCCCAUUAUAGGAGAGAUUCGUGGAACAGGUUUGAUUCACGGGACAGAAUUUACCGAUAACAAGUCACCAACCGACACUUUCCCUUCUGAAUGGGGUGUUGGAGCUUAUUUCGGAGCACAAUGUGAAAAGCACGGCAUGUUAAUACGUGUUGCGGGAGACAAUAUAAUGAUGUCACCUCCUUACAUAAUGACUCUUGAAGAAGUUGACGAGCUAAUCGAAAAAUAUGGAAAAGCUUUGAAGGAUACAGAAGAUCGGGUGCUCGAGCUCAAAUCUCAGAAGAAGUAA